AUGAGGAUGGAAGCACGCCGAAAAAAUCUUCUCAUUUUGAUUUUGCAUUACUUAACACAAGAAGGAUAUAUUGAUGCAGCCAAUGCUUUGGAGCAAGAAACCAAACUGGGGUUACGACGCUUUGAAGUUUGUGACAACAUUGAUCUUGAAACUAUUUUGAUGGAAUAUGAGAGUUAUUAUUUUGUAAAAUUCCAGAAAUACCCCAAAAUUGUUAAAAAGGCAUCAGAUACAGGAGAAAAUAAUUUACCACCAAGAAGUGGAGGGAAGACCAGAAGGAUGAUGAGUGACAGUUGUCAAAAUCUUCCCAAGAUCAAUCAACAGAGGCCACGAUCCAAAACCGUGGCAGGGAAGAUGGAGGACAACAAAUCUCUCAACAAGGAGCAACCAAAACAGGGCAUCAAUAACACUCCCCUGGAGACCCCUGACUUUGGCUUAAACAUAUCAAGAAUCCACAAAGACAGUGGAGAGGAAAGUGCCCACCCACGAAGAGGCCCAAUCAUCGACUUCCGAGGGCUUCUCACAGACGCCAUCAGAGGAGCAACUGGUGAACUUGCCUUGAACACCUUCRACUGUAACCCAGACCCCUCAGAACGAUUGCUGAAACCUCUGAGUGCAUUUAUUGGCAUGAACAGUGAGAUGCGAGAAUUGGCAGCCGUGGUGAGCCGGGACAUUUAUCUCCAUAAUCCAAACAUAAAGUGGGAUGACAUUAUUGGACUGGAUGCAGCCAAGCAGCUAGUGAAAGAAGCUGUUGUGUAUCCUAUAAGGUAUCCACAGCUAUUUACAGGAAUUCUUUCCCCCUGGAAAGGACUACUGCUUUAUGGCCCUCCAGGUACAGGAAAGACCUUACUGGCCAAAGCUGUGGCCACCGAAUGUAAAACAACCUUCUUUAACAUUUCUGCAUCUACCAUUGUCAGCAAAUGGAGAGGGGAUUCCGAAAAACUUGUUCGGGUUUUAUUUGAACUUGCCCGUUAUCACGCCCCCUCCACGAUCUUCCUGGACGAGCUGGAGUCGGUGAUGAGUCAGAGAGGCAUGGCUCCUGGGGGAGAACAUGAAGGAAGCCUUCGGAUGAAGACAGAGUUACUGGUGCAGAUGGAUGGGCUGGCACGCUCAGAAGAUCUCGUGUUUGUCUUAGCAGCUUCUAACCUGCCAUGGGAGCUGGACUGUGCCAUGUUACGUCGUCUGGAGAAGAGGAUUUUGGUUGAUCUCCCCAGCCGAGAGGCCAGGCAGGCCAUGAUCCACCAUUGGCUGCCCCCCGUGAGCAAGAGCAGAGCCCUGGAGCUGCGCACAGAGCUGGAGUACAGCAAGCUGAGCCAGGAGACUGAGGGUUACUCUGGCUCAGACAUUAAGCUGGUCUGCAGGGAAGCAGCCAUGAGGCCUGUGAGGAAGAUCUUCAGUAUACUUGAAAAUCACCAUUCAGAGAGUACCCAUUUUCCUGGGAUCCAGUUGGAAACAGUGACCACUGCUGACUUUCUGGAUGUGCUGGCUCAUACCAAACCUUCAGCAAAGAACCUCACUCCGAGAUACUUGGCUUGGCAAAGAGAGUUUGAGUCUGUUUGA